GUAGACGUGAUCCAUAUUGACGUCGUGAUCUCCCUACGUCGACUGGAGCGAUGGACUCCUGAACGAAGGUCUCCGUUUCACCAGGAAUCGACUGGCGCUGAUGGAACGGACCGCUUCAUGUCCUGCUACUCGCUGCCUGCCACUUUCGGAUUUGCACGGGUGCACCAUGAAUUUGAAUCCGCCAGCGGCAGCAGUUCCAAGGAGCCCUGAGCCGAGCAAGAUGGCGUUGGAGUCACCAAAUCUCGACUAUGAAACAGUGAAGACUCCCGUGGACAUCGAAGGGGGAGCGCUAGAGCCCGGAGGUGCCCCGUCCGUCUUCUCCUGGAAGCACAUCGGUCUGCUCGCUCACAUCGCUUCGGUCGGUGUGGUGUAUGGCACGUUGUCAGGCGUUAUCUACGCCGUGUUGAACAACUACCUGUACAUGUCAGCGGUGCUCACGGCAACCGCUCAAGCUUUGGUCAGGUUGCCUCGAGCGCUGCGCGUGUUCACCGCUAUCUUCUCCGAUUGCUACCCGAUCUUCGGCUACCGGCGUCGUCCGUACCUGAUUAUGGGCUGGGUGCUUACGUUCGUGUGCUGCUUCUUGAUGGCGGUGUUGCCUCUGGGUGAUCCGUACUAUGGAGACCCAGCACUGGCUGAUAUUGACGAAGACGAGCUUACCGCAGAGCAGCAGGCAAUGAUCAACCUCGACGCCCCAGACAAAGGCAUCAAGCUCAUUAUCUUCUUCGUGUUCGCCAAUUUGGGCACGGUCAUUUCGUUCGGCGCCUCGGACGGCUACAUGGUGGAGCUGGCUCGACGCGAACCGGAGGAAAUCCGUGGCACGACCCAGUCGUACGUAUCGGCUGUGCGUCAGAUCUUCAUGGUGCUGGCAGCGUUCAUGACUGGACUUGGUCUCAAUGGUGAAGACUACGGUGGAAAUUUCUCGUGGACCAUGGGCUUCAACGCCGUCAUGGGCGUGUGCGCUGCCUUCUCGUUCGUGACAAUCCCGUUGUGCUGGUUCUGCGUCACCGAAGAGAAGGUGCCACGCAAGUCCAUGCGCAAGUUCUUCGCCUACCUGUACGACUUGGUGCAGCAUCGCGUCAUGUACCAAGUGAUCGCCUUCCGCUUCUUCCGUCAGAUUCUCUCGCUAUUCUCUGUGACUGCUGCCAGUCCGAUUCAAAGCACGUGGGCGAAAGUUACUCCGCUGAACGAAGGUAUCUCGGAGAUGAUCUCGUGUCUGGUGACGUUCGUGUCGCUGUGGAUUGUCCGUCGCUACGGUCUACACUGGAGCUGGAAGGUGGUCGUCGUCGUGUGCCAGUUUGGAGUCGUGUUUGUGGAUGCUUUCCCGACCUUCUUCACGAUCUGGAAUGUGUAUCGUAGUCAAUGGUUCUGGCUGGGUGUGCCACUACUCGAGGAGUUCCCCAACAGUAUCGGCGACUUCAUUGCCACACUAUUCGUCGUGGAGGUUUGUGACAAGGGCAGUGAGGCCACCAUUAUGGGCUUGAUGAUCACCAUUUCGGCUCUUGGCACACCUUUCUCCACUGUGCUCUACAAGACCGUGGACAGCUACUUCGAGAUCGAGCGCAAGUACAUCGUCAAGGACGACCACCACGUCCGCUCUCAAGUGACGUACGCCUACCUCAUCGCCUACGCCUGCAACCUCAUCUCUGUCAUUUUCGUGAUCUGGCUUCCUCGUCAAAAGUCGGAAGUCCACGCACUUAAGGCCAAGGGUGGCAAGAGCAAGCUACUAGGAACGCUCACCGUGUGUUACCUCGUGUUCGCCUUCCUCUGGAUCAUCAUGACCAAUGUGCUGAGUCUCUUCGACUCCACAUCAUGUUUGCGCAUCGCCGGAGGCUCAGGAUGCUAGCUUGAUGGACAGCACUUUAGCAUUAGAGUUCCAAAGCUACCCUGCUGGAAAAAAAAAUCAAGAAUCUACAACAUUUUCACCUUUAUA